UCAAUUUCAGGCUUGCCGAGUUCGAUAACACUUUGGCCGCACGCAGCCCUUGCAUCACGAUUACACAGCGCCAAGGCCGCCGCUUCGAGUUUUGUUCCUCAAGUACACCACCGUUGCACCAACCGCAGCCUUCGUCGUGUGCACCGUUUUUGGAUUUUUGGUUUCCCUCCACCGCCGUCCGGCCAGCACGUGAGUUGGUUGGAGAAAACGGAAAGAGAAAUCGAAAGGAAAUGAGAAAGAGGCACGCUCGCCAGGUAAAUAACAGGUGGCGCCCCGUGCGUUGCGUCUCGUGAAUCAUUCAGGUGGAAAACGUGAUACCGUGUGUCUGUGUGUGAAUGCGUGUUCGACAUUCCAAGGGCCAGUCUAUCGCGCCCAGCAACCCAGAAUCAUUACCAUCCUCUAAGUGCUCAAGUCAUCAGCCGUGGCGGCGGUGUUCGGUACCCGGAACACGGAAGUUCCCGCAGGAAUCGCGCGUACAAUAAUCGCACGCAGUUUAAAGUUCACCAGCACUCGCAGACCCCUCCGUGUCCCGUGUUGGCGAUAAUGAUAAGCGACCGAGGGCCGAUUGUGAAUUGGACGACGUAGCCAGCAGGGCAGGGAUUGUUUGCCGUUUCUAUUAAUCGUACGCGGAUCGUCGUCGAAGUCGUACUGUCCAUUCGACGCCGGAUCAGAAGAACACAAAACAACCGGGCAUCGGGCAUCAGGAAUCACAGAAAGUAGCAACACUAGAGAUGAUGGACGAAAGUGCAGAUACAACGGGCAGCAUCGGCAGUGGCAGUGGCAACGAUGAGCAGCAACAACGAUUGAUGCUGUUCGAUUCGCUGAUUGAACUAUGCCGCAACAACAUCACCUUCUUCGAGAAAGAUGAAUCGGAAACGGGGCUUCGAUUGCACGGUGCGUUCGUUGGACUGAUCGAUCAUAUCGAGAUGGCGAAACCGUUGGUGCGGCUGGUGCACGGGUUUAUGCACGAGUACGACUUCGAUCCGUCCGUCCCGGGCAACGGUUUCCGAAGCUUCCUGUACGUGGUCGAGUGCUGCGUGAAGACGGCCCUCAAGCUGGCCCGCUACGUGAUGGAGAACCGGAGCACGAUCCUGUUCCGGAAAGCGGUGUACGUGAAGGAAGUGGAAGCGUACAAUCAUCUGAUGGCCAGUCUGUGCACCUGCCUACAGCACGCGCAAACACUCCGCGAGUGGACCAGCAGCACCGGUGAUCUGUUUCCCGAUGAGGCACACUCGGUCGAGGAACUGUUCGCAACCGGUGCCGUCAUCAAUCAGUACUGCUUCUAUGGCCGGUGUCUUGGGUUUCAGUUCUGUGAGUCCAUCAAACCGCUGCUCAAAUUCAUCUCCAUCGGAAUGGCAGGCUUCUCCGAGGGUUACUACUCCGAAGGUGGUCGCAUAUCGAAGGCCACCAGCUUGAUGUACACCAGCACGAAGUACAUGCUCGAUCCGGAGCUGCGGGCCCGCCGGAUUGUCAACAUUUCACAAAACUCGAACGUGGACUUUUGCAAAGCGUUCUGGUUCCUGGCCGAGUCCGAGAUGAUGCACUCGUUGCCCUCGUUCGUGGGAUUCAAGGUGAAGGUGAAUCGCGUGAUAACGAUACCACCGGAACCGAUACAGCUUCCACUGGCCACCGGCACCGGUACCGGCAAAGCCACCAACAAUGGUAAACCCGUCUUCGUCGACAUUCCCAUACCGAAGAGCCACGGAGGAGCGGCACCGAUCAAGGCACGGCUUAUCUCGGCCGUCAAGCGUAAGGGUAUGAUCGGUGAGCGGAGUAACAGCCAACGUAGCACCAUCCAUCCGGCAAGCCGCGGAAUGGUGUUUCACUGUCACGGUGGUGGUUUCGUGGCCCAGAGCUCCAAAUCCCACGAAUCGUACCUUCGCGAGUGGGCUGUUACGCUGAAUGUACCGAUACUUUCGAUCGACUACAGCCUUGCACCGGAAGCACCCUUCCCGCGGGCUCUCGAAGAGGUAUUUUACGCGUACUGCUGGGCACUGCGGAACUGUGAGCUGCUCGGGACGACGGGCGAACGUAUCAUUCUGGCCGGGGAUUCGGCCGGUGCUAAUCUGAAUCUUGGUUGCGCCAUGAAAGCGAUCGAGCUCGGUGUUCGGCGACCGGAUGGGAUCUUUCUCGCUUACUGUCCCGUACUGAUCAGCUUCGUGCCGAGUCCAGCGCGGAUGCUGUGUCUCAUGGAUCCACUGUUACCGUUUGGGUUUAUGAUGCGCUGCCUGAAGGCGUACGCUUGCCCUAGCCGGGAAGUGCUGGAAGAGAACCGGAAACGACACGAACAGCGCCAGGCGAUCGUUAAUGCGGGGCUUCAGCUGCGGAACAAUAACGUCACCGGAGGGCCAUCGUCGGUUGGCCGGCAGGAUGAUAAUGGGAAUCAGACGCCGGAUCGGUCGGAUUCCGGUGAUGACAAUUCAAUGUGGGAGCAGCUGAACAGCGUCAACACGGUGCAGUUACAGAAUCAGCAUCUCAGCCCUGUCAGUGAUACGGCUAGUGAUACGCUGGCGCUGAAGAGUCAAUCGCUCGGGAACACCAUCGACAUCAUCAGUCCGGACGAGAGUAAUACAAUCACCUCGCUGGAGGAGGACUCGCAACCGAUAACGUUACAGCAGGUCAACCUGAACACCGAGCGUAGUAAUGUGACCGUCGUCGACGAUCUCGAUAUGGACAUGCCAAGUGAUAUUAGCUCGGAACCGAACACGAACCAGUACGUGUCUGACUUCAUCGAACGAUAUGUACUGGACACAACGACGAAUGCUGCCGGUGAGAUAGAACCGAUCCUGCGGCCCGUUUCACGAUCGCAAUCGGAAGAAAACAUUGUGCUCGAUAUUGGCCGCGAGGCGAUUAGUGUCCAGAAUCUGCAGGAACGCGUAACGAGCGCUGCGAGUAAUUUUGUUAGCAAAGUGUCCAGUACACUGAACAGCAUCACGGCCUCGAAACCGAUCGCAGUUGGUGGUGCGCAGGCGGAACUGCAGAGCAAUCUGGAUGCACUGAUCGCGCGUAGCCCUUCCGAUGAGUUUAUCUUUCACGUACCGAAGGACUCGCACCUAUCGCCGUACUGGGCCAGCGAUGCGGUACUGAGUCAAUUCCCCCCAACCAAAAUUCUAACCGUCGUGCUGGACCCCUGUCUGGACGAUUGUGUGAUGUUUGCCAAAAGACUGAAAAGCUUGAACCGACCCGUUUCCCUCGAUAUUCUGCCUGGAUUACCGCAUGGUUUUCUCAACUUUGCCACCAUAUCCAAAGAAGCACACGAAGGUUCCAAGCUGUGUGUGCAGCGUAUCGCCGAGUUGCUGGAGAUACCAACUAACGACGGUGAGGAGCCAACGUCGAAAGAGGGCUGCUGUUAGCGGUUCUGUCGCUGAUGUUGUCCCGCGAACCGUGGCUGGCGGCAGCAGCAAUAACCAUGAUGGCAACUACAUUAUAUAUCUACCAACCAAACGACAUAACACGACUCACGUGCAUUAUGAUGAAGCUACGCAAAGCAGAACAGAUACUAAAAUUCAUCGGCAAGAGUAUGCAGUGAGGCAAAAACCAUAAAGAACCGAGUAUCAUAAUUACCAUAGCAUUCGUCCGUCGGCCGGUCAGCUGAUGCAGAUAAGAGACUAGAGACAGGGUAGAUAGCGUAACUAAGAGAAUCAAAUAACGUCAAACGUCCUUUUUACAGCGCGCAACAGCAACCAAUUGGCCUUUUUCGUCCCGCAUCCUGCUUUUUAUUGCGAUGCGGCUUUAUUAUUCGCGCCACCCCCAGAUCUAUCGAGAGAUCAGUGGGUGGGCUGGGGGUGGCCAGGCUUCCGGACCAUAUACAUAUACACCAAACAUUCGCAAACCACACCAAACAAAUUAUUUCUAGCCCAUAAUUUGCUAUAUCUAAGUGUCUAAAUGCGAAAGCAGCGCUUAGAUCUGCUUUAAAUCUCUACAAUACGACCGGUGUAAUUGCACGCUUCCAGCCAAACUUACUUCUCUGUCCACGCCGAUAAAGCUCUAGAGGAAGAAAGGACGGCGAAAGACGCAGACGUGCGUGUUAAGCAUAAGGGUUAAAUGAGUGAAUAAUGGCUCACCCCCCCCAAGACUCGUUAUCUUGUUACUCGUUACUCGUUAGUCGGUUAAUCGCGCCGCAAGACAUCUACCCGCGCUUGCCGGCCUGAAGGUGGAUGAUCUUGUUUUUUGUGUGGAACAAUGGGACUGCAGUCUGCAGAGGCAACAUUUUGUGAUGGUAGUAAUCUCACCGUAAUCGGAUCAGCAAAAGCAGCUUCUUGGUUGAUUGAUGUAACGUAACCCAAAACUGUAACGAGCAGACGUAACAAAUUUAUAUUGCCAUAAGUAAGUUCCUUUUGCGACAGGUAAAUAAUGGUAUAACGGUGCUUUACGUUGAACCUAGCCAGGGACCGUCAAGUGUAGCAAUCACAUCACAUGACUAUCAAGAAGGAACUUUCAAUUUGUCGAUACAAUCGUUGUCUAUAUUUUUUGUUAUUUUUUUCGAUUUAUCCUUUUACAUUAACAUGGCAUCGGACGAACAAUUGUUGGGAAUCUAUUUACACCUAUUCGUUUCUUUUUAUAUUACGCAUCUGCACAUUGCGAUAUUUAGUAUUUAGUGUAAGUCGAAGCAGAACUGCAACGGCGGCAGUAACAACUGAUCAAAAGUGAACCAAAUUCAACAUGUUAAUGACAAGUACCUAAACUUUUGUGAGAUGUUAAGAUGUAUAUUUUCUCAAUGGAACUGUAAUGGAGCAUUGCUGUGUAUGGUCUAAAAAAAUCGUGAAGCAAGAGACCUUAAGGAUAAGCAUGUACAGCAAUGGUUUUGCGUUUAGCCGGUUCGUGCAAGUGUUGCUGCGGCAACAAACUGUGUUAAACGGAGGGGAGCCUACUACGUUAUGCCAUGGGCAGGGAUUGGGAUGAUGAUCCUGCUAUAUGAUCGGGCAGGCAGGCAGGCAGGCAACAGGGUGUCAAUUUUUCGGGAGUUGGCUGCGCAAGGAAGCGAAUAUCGGUGUGGCAUAUUGGGCGGAUCUAUUUGUAAUCGAUGAAUUCUAAGAAUAAAUUCUUAUUACAUUGAACGGUA